AUGGGCCUUUACACUGAGCUGCCAAACCACGUCGAGGAAGUGGACGUGAUCAUUGCGGGAGGGGGAACGGCAGGCUGUGUUCUCGCGGGACGCCUUGCUGAGGCUGGCGUCUCAGUCCUAGUCGUUGAAGGUGGACCUAACAAUCACGAUGAGCCGACCAUCGUUCAGCCACUCAUGUUCAUCACACAUUACCUCCCCAUCAACAGGUUCACCACCUUCCAUCAGUCUAACCGGGAGAAGCAGUUGGGUAGUCGGCAGCUUAUCGAGCCCGUUGGAGGCACCCUUGGAGGCGGUUCGUCUGUAAACAUGAUGGUUUACAGCCGUGUCCAGAGGGCUGAUUUCGACGCAUGGAACACCGCCGGUUGGUCCACAAACGAGAUGCUACCGUACUUGAACAAGAUCGAAACCUAUCAUGGACCAGGAGAUCAGGAUCUUCAUGGACAUCAAGGUCCCCUGCACAUCACCAGCGGCACCUACAACGCCCCGAGAUGUGAGGAGGACUUCCUCGCAGCAGCUAAAAGGUCGGGCUUCCCCGAGCGGCAUGACCUCAAUGACCUCGACGGCAUGAACGGCGCCCAGCGUGCCAUGCGCUACAUAAGCCAUGAUGGCAAGCGCCAGGAUACGGCUCAUGGUUACGUGCACCCGCUACUACAGGACGGCAAACACCCAAACCUCCACGUCCUGGUUGAAUCGCAGGUUCGCCGCGUCUUGUUCGACGACAACAAGAAAGCAAGCGGUAUCGAGUACAAACCCAAAGCCGAGAACUUGCCAAUCCGCACCGUCAAAGCCAGAAAGCUCGUUGUCGUAUCUUGCGGCGUUCUGGGCACGCCCCCCGUCCUGGAGAGAUCGGGAAUAGGAAACCCGCAGAUCCUGAAGAAAGCAGGAAUCCAAACCUUGGUCGCCGACGUCCCCGGCGUAGGCGAGAACUUCAACGACCACAACAUCAAGCUCUACGGAUACAAGUCGAGUCUUAAUCCCGACGAGACCAUCGACGGCGUGCAAGCAGGCAGGGUGAGUACCGACGAACUCAUGCGCACCAAAGCCAAAAUACUCGGCUGGAACGCCGAAGACGUGCACUGCAAGGUGCGCCCAAGCCCUUCGGAGAUCGCGUCCCUGAGCCCAGCGUUCCAGGAAGCCUGGGCGCGGGACUUCGCGGACGCGCCGAGCAAGCCGGUCGCCAUGAUGGCGAGCGUGGCCGGCUUCCCGGGCGACCCGUCGAAGCUAGCCCCCAUCCAGUACUUCGGGGUGUCGGCCUUCACGGUGAACACGUACUCGCGGGGCCACGUCCACGCGACGGGCCCGGAGCCGGGCGACCGCCUCGACUUCGCCACGGGCAUGCUGACGGACCCGCGGGGCCUCGACCUCGAGAUGCAGAAGUGGCUGUACAAGAAGCAGCGCGAGGUCGUGCGGCGCAUGGACGUGUUCCGGGGCGAGCUGCCGCUCAGCCACCCGCCUUUCUCUCCCGCGUCGCGCGCGGCGCUCGCCGGGGCAGAUAGGCCCGAGGGGCUCGAGGGGCCGCUGCCGCUGGGGAAACAGGAGGUUGCGUAUGACGCGGAGGAUGAAGCGGUGUUGGAGAAGUGGCUGCGGGAGAAUGUGGACUUGAGCUGGCAUCCGCUCGGCUCGUGCAAGAUGGCGCCUAGGGACGAGAUGGGGGUCGUAGAUCCGCUGUUGAAUGUGUAUGGGGUGGAGGGGCUCAAGGUGGUGGACUUGAGCAUUGUGCCGGGCAGCGUGUCUGCGAAUACGAUGAAUACUGCUUGUGCUAUUGGGGAGAAGGCGGCUGAUAUUAUUCUGGGAGAGUUGGGUGUGUUAGAGGAGAAGUAA